CUCUCGAACCGUGUGCGACGUAACGGUCCUCGGUUGUCCUUCCAGCAACAGCAGCAGCAGCACUCCCGCCACCCGCGAGCGGGACCGUAUUAGUCCUCUCUCUUUCUCUCUCUCUAUCCACGCACAUUAUAGACGUUUUUCUAUCUACUGUUAUCACGGCAACCGCAACAACAGCACAACAACGCCGCCCUAUAGCUGUUAUUCUUCGCCUAUCUCCUCCUUCUGCGUCGUUUGAGACCUCCCUUUUUCUUCUUUCUCUCUCUCGAGGCCCAUCUUCUGUUUAUCUAUUCUCUUAUUCUUCUGUCGCGGUUGCAGUUGUCCUCUGUACAGUGUAGACAUCUUUCUUUGACUUCAAAUCGACUCUUUGUUGGCUUAUUCACACAUGCUCUUGGUUUCCAGCAUCGUGCGGCUGUGCUCUUUUCGGCUGGGCACCUUUCCGUCUCCUGUCGAACAAAUCGCGUAGUGACAUCAACAUCAUCCAAUCGAUUCCGCUGACAGUUCGCUUAUACUACCACGUCAGUUGCGCUAUUCACUUGAAACCGUUUAAAUAACCCGCCAUACAGUCGGCCCCAAAAGUGGUUAACAAGUCCGAGCCAAUUAGCGAAACAGAGAGCUAACUAAUCGCAUUAGAAAAGGGAAACUAAUAUAGGAGCGAGUGUGUACUGUUUUGUUUGCUGUGGACUACUAUUGGCGAGUGUGUGGUGUUUGUGGUGCUAAACGGUAAUAACAGCGUCUACCCUUUAGAGUCUAAUCGAGUGGCUCUAUGCGAAACCGAUCCUCCACUUUUGUUUUGCCAUUUUCGCCGAGCGUCAACAACAAUCGAAUAUCCCGCCCAAGGAGGAACUAUAAUAUUUAGACGGGCGUAUCUAACACCGUUUUCCCUCCUCCUUUUUUUCUUUGAUGUCAUGACGUCCAUUUGAAAUUCAGUUGGACAGUCGCGCGCCCAAAAGAGAGGCAGAGAGAAAUUCGGCGGAGAAGGAAACGCGAAUUCAGGGCGAAAAUUCAAAAGGACCCCACCGCUAGGCGGAAGACACAAAUUCCGUGAAAAAAAUUCGGUGCAACUUGGCGGAAGAGAAGGCGUGGAAGAUAAAAAAGAAAUGUCGAAUGUCUUCUUCUUCCGGCUACACAAGCUGCGCCGGCAGCAGGAACAGGAUCAAGAGCGUCGCCAACUGCAGCAGCAGCGCAGGCUGUCGGGCGCCAGCAUCAACGGCAACGGAAAGGGGCCGAUGAGAAUGGGCCGCUUCCGCCAGCUGGCCCGCCCGUCCCUCCACUGCCCGUCGCUGGUCGACUCCAACGUCCUGACCAUGGUCCCCGGUCGACUGUUCGAACGGCCCGCCACCAUGGAUCCGUCAGACAGUCUCGACUAUAUUGCCUUGCAAAUUCCCAGGGUGCGAGUGGAGUAUUACGUCAACGAGAACACGUUCAAGGAAAGGCUGCAGCUCUACUUUAUUCGCAACCAGCGAUCGAGUCUGCGAAUCCGUAUCUUCAACUUGUUAAUCAAGCUACUGACGUGCUUACUCUACGUCGGCCGCGUCAUCUUCGAUAAUGAUCCCACUCAAGCCACUUGUUACGGGUGCGAGGUGGGCAACAAAAGCGAGUACCUGGCCGCCUACGAGAAGACACCUCAACAGUUUAUGGACAACCCCAUCAUUCACUGGGAAGCCAUUUGGUGGAUCGAACGACCCACGGCCCUAUGGGUCAUUGAAGUGAUUUUCGCUCUCAUUAGCCUAGUCGAGGCUCUACUCGUUGCUUAUCUCAGCUACAAAGGAAACAUCUUGCAGGAAAUUCUUUCAUUCUAUUUCAUUCUGGAGCUCGUCAAUACCAUUCCGUACGUUUUCACGAUGUUCUAUUCGCCAUUACGUCACCUCUUCAUUCCCGUCUUCCUUAAUUGUUGGUUGGCCAAACGGGCCCUCGAAAACAUGUUUAAUGACCUCCAUCGGGCGAUGCAACGUUCACAAUCUGCCCUGUCUCAACAGCUUAUGGUGCUAUCGGCCACGCUUCUCUGCCUAGUUUUUACCAGUGUAUGUGGAGUGCAGCAUUUUCAGCGGGCCGGUCAUCGCCACUUCAAUUUGUUCCAGUCGUGCUACUUUGUGGUAGUGACGUUUUCUACGGUUGGUUACGGUGACUAUGUUCCGGACAUUUGGCCUUCGCAACUCUACAUGGUCGUUAUGAUUUGCGUGGCACUUAUCGUCUUACCCACACAGUUCGAGCAGCUGGCCUUUACCUGGAUGGAACGCAAAAAACUGGGAGGCACAUAUUCUUCCCACCGAGCCCAGUCGGAGCGUCACGUCGUAGUCUGUUCGACGUCAUUGCAUGCAGACACCAUAAUGGACUUUCUCAACGAGUUCUAUGCGCAUCCUCUUCUCCAGGAUUAUUACGUUGUGCUGCUGUCACCGAUCGAACUGGACACGACAAUGCGGAUGAUUCUACAGGUGCCAAUGUGGGCGCAACGAGUCAUCUACAUUCAAGGAUCGUGCCUGAAAGAUGCGGAUUUGGCAAGGGCGCGGAUGAACGAUGCCGAGGCCUGCUUCGUUCUCGCCGCCAGGAACUACUGUGAUAAGACAGCAGCCGAUGAACACACGAUUUUACGUUCGUGGGCCGUCAAAGAUUUUGCGCCGGAAGUGCCCCAGUAUGUUCAGAUUUUCCGACCGGAGAACAAGCUGCACGUCAAGUUUGCACAGCACGUUGUGUGUGAGGACGAAUUCAAGUACGCCUUGUUGGCUAACAACUGCUUGGCUCCUGGGACGUCCACUCUGGUAACACUACUUCUCCACACGUCUCGUGGCCAGGAAGGUCAAGUGUCCGACGAAGAGUGGCACAGGCUGUACGGCAAAUGCAGUGGCAAUGAGAUCUACCACAUCUUGCUGGCCGAGAGCCGCUUCUUUGGCGAAUACGACGGCAAAAGUUUCACGUACGCCAGUUUUCAUUCCCACCGCAAGUACGGAGUGGCGCUGGUGGGAGUCAGGCCGGCCGAGUUGCCGGAAUUCUACGAAGAAACCAUCCUGCUGAAUCCCGGCCCGCGACACAUCAUGAAAAAGACGGACAUUUGCUUUUACAUGAGCAUCACCAAAGAGGAGAAUUCGGCCUUCGUGGCGACACCCACGGCCUGCAGUUCGGAUCCAGCCGCCCAGAUGCAACAACAGCCAACCAGCAGUAGCACUCAGCAAACUAAUUUGGAGGCUGGAGUGACUUCCACGCCGUCAGGAGGUUUCAAAUCGAAAGAAACCGUUUUGACGACGACGACGACGACAAGCGGAAUCACGUCGGCCCGACACAUCAUUCCGACUAGCCGAACGCAGACCUCGUUCCAGGGAAAUAUUUACGACGGAUUACCAGCUCGCUGUUCGUCGCCAAACUUAUUUGACACUGGGAUGCCGCGCCGGGGCAGUUUUAUUAAUCGCAACGAUUCGGUUGACAGCACAACGGCUUGUUCGCUAGGAAACCAGAGUCUGGGCAAUGCAGCGAUUUUGGGCGGCGGAAGCAAUUUCCUCGGCGUGCCGAAAAGUGAUUCACCGGGCCUUCUAGCCGUUCCGACUGGUCAUUGCGAAAGCCGACGGCCAAGCAUCUUGCCAGUGCCCGAUAUGUUCUCGGGCUCAACCAUAAACCUGGUAGCCGGGCAUCAGGCAGCCACGGAAGAUAGUGAAGAUGAGAUCGAGGACGACGUUCCUUGGCCUGCUCCCACAGAAAAAAUCUCGAUCGUGAAAGGUUUUCCUCCGGUGUCACCUUACAUCGGCGUUAGCCCCACAUUGUGCUACCUACUGAAAGAGAAGAAACCACUUUGCUGCUUACAACUCACUCAGGUGUGCGAGCAUUCGAGCCACCGGAGCGCCAAGGAAUACAAUUGGUCCAACAAAGUCAUCAUCCUGGCAGCUGACUACGCGUCGACGGGCAUCUAUAAUUUUGUCAUUCCGCUGAGAGCUCAUUUUCGCACAAAGUCGAGUUUAAAUCCCAUUGUGCUGCUGCUGGAACGCAAGCCAGAUGUUGCCUUCCUCGACUCUAUCUCUUAUUUUCCUUUCGUCUAUUGGAUGCUUGGUACAAUUGACUGUUUGGACGAUUUAAUUAAAGCCGGCAUUAUACUAGCCGAAAACGUAGUCGUCGUCAACAAGGAAUUCUCUAAUUCAGCUGAAGAAGACACACUUUCUGAUUGCAACACUAUUGUCUCGGUUCAGACGAUGUUCAAGUUUUUCCCGAGCAUUAAAACCAUUACGGAACUAAGCCAAUCGUCCAACAUGCGUUUUAUGCAGUUUCGUGCUCAUGAUAAGUACGCUUUGCAUCUGUCACGUAUGGAAAAGGCUGAGAAGGAGCGAGGAUCACACAUUUCCUACAUGUUUCGACUGCCCUUUGCGGCCGGAAGCGUCUUCUCAGCCAGCAUGUUGGACACUCUACUGUAUCAAGCUUUCGUCAAGGACUACGUGAUCACCUUCGUCCGUCUCUUGCUUGGCAUCGACCAAGCUCCCGGAUCCGGAUUUCUGAGUUCGAUGAAGAUUACCAAGGAAGAUAUGUGGAUCCGCACUUACGGACGACUUUAUCAGAAACUGUGUUCCACCACAUGUGAAAUACCUAUUGGCAUCUAUAGGACGCAAGAUACAUCCAACUCCGAAACUACAAGCGAGGAUAUGGCUCGAGAAGAUACUGGCUGUGCUGAUAUCCCCCGACGAGGGAACUAUGAAGGCCCUGUCCAUUCACGUCAACAUCCCGGCCGUGUUUCACUGCUGACUGACGAGGCUCGUGAUAAUCAUACACAACUCAUUGAACGAGCUGAAAUUGCCAGCUUAGUUCGUUCAAGGAUGGACAGCCUAGGUAUCGAUACCCUCGACUAUGACGAUGUGUCAGAAAAGAGAUCAUCUCUUUCUUAUGUCAUCAUAAACCCCAGCUGUGAUUUAAAGCUGGAAGAAGGCGAUAUUAUUUAUCUGAUCCGACCGAGUCCCUUCUCGGCUCAGAAGACGUUCGAACGACACAACAGUCGCCGUCGAUCGCACAUCAACAUUUGCGAAGAAAGACGUCGUCGCAACAGCACUAAACCGAUGCCACAAAAAGCCAAUUCCCUCUCGCUACCGGAUAGCCCAGACAUCUCGUUAGGUCCCCCAUCCGGCCUGGGUGCAAAUCGUGGCAGGUCUCAUUCACUUCGUGUCGACGACAUAUUAAUGAGACGGUCUAGUUCUCUACGACAAGGGUUAAUCGCACGUAACACGUCAAGUGUAGAGGAAGUCAGUUUAAAUUUGGAGCCUUCAGUAGGGAUUGGUGGCUCUUUUGGCGGGGCGGGGUUCCGUGGAGGAAGCAUCAAAAUUCCUCUUAACGGCAGCAUUGGUUUGGAGGUGACUCCACCGGCCGAUCAACAGUGUAGCGACUCUGAGGAGUCUCUAGACUUUCGUGGUACGAUCGUAUGACACCACCCUCCCCCCGUAGCUCAAUCUAUUGCCACCAGUAGCAGUCACUUUCCAAAACCAAUUACACCCGCAAUUUUCGUCUGUGAAUCAGAAGACUGAAGAAAUUUGAAACCUGUAUACAAAAAAAAGCUUGAAAAAAAGAAUACUUCAAUCACAAUGGAAAUCCGCGAACCGUUCACUGUCCAUUCCAGCUAGUGUAGUAUUCAGACUACUAUAAAUAUUUGGAAGGCGUACUAAAUGCCUUGCUUAUUUUUUUCUCUUAUAUAAAUCGCAAAAGCACAGAUACACAUUUUAUGAAAAUUUGAUUUAUCUGAUAUAAUUCCCCGUAGCCUCCACUGCCUUGAUUCUCUUCAUAUAGAUUAUCGCCAUCGUGUAGGAAAUUUCAAAUAGCUUUCUUCACACAUUCGACGCGAUAAAGAGUUUUCUAACUAGAUAAUAAUUUGACUACUGAAGAAUUCCACAAUCCACAUUGUUGUUGGAUCGACAUGGCAGCGGGAUUGAUUAAUAUUCUGUUGUACGGAUUCAAAGUAAAAUAAUUUGAAACUGUGAUUAAAUAUUCUUAUUCUGAAAAAAAUUCCAUUAUACGAAAAAUCAUCAUUAAAUCUAUCAUAUAAACUUUUUCAACAUUCUUUCACGUUGUAAUGGUCCAUCGUUUGCACGACAUGCCUUUCUACAUAUCUAACAUUCGUUGAAAUAAAAUUAAGUCCCCUUUUCAAUUAAAAAUACAUAAUUCCUUUUCACGAUAAAAAACCCUUAGUUAGUAUAAAUGCUAUAUUUCUUUGAAAUGCCCAAGAACACUAUUGAUUUUGUUGCUUCGUAUAAUUACUUUCUCAUAUCAUGAUUCAUUCCCAACAUGCUUUAAAUCUCAGCAUCGAUUAAUUGCAUAGCUAUGCUAUUAUUUAUAUUAAAUUUGUAUGCUCAUAAAUCACGAUGUACAUAUACGAUAUGAGCGUGA